AUACAAACAAGAUUAGUUUGUUCAUGACUGUAUAGAGCAGCAGAAAUGAAAUUUUUCUUACUAGCAACAGCUCUGUUGGGAGCUCUUAUACACACUUGUUCGGCGGGCAGUACAAAUUGUGGUUGCUUGCCGGGACGUGAAGGUGAUGUUGGUCCUAAAGGUAAUACCGGCAGAAAAGGCGAUACAGGACAAAAGGGUGAACCGGGUUUUAGAGGUGAUCAAGGUCCUACAGGUCCUAGAGGACCCAAAGGUAAUCGGGGCGGUGCUGGUGAAGCUGGGCGAGAUGCUCCUAUACCCGGUAUACCCCCAACCUUUGGAGAAUCUGGUGAAGCUGGUCCUCCAGGCAAAUGUCUUUGCGUUGUUAGACGUUUGCGAGAUCCUGUCAUAGCUGGCGAGUUCUUUUUGACCGACGAAGAUGGUGAACCUAAUUUUAUAGGUGACGAUUUCGAUGAAGAAGAAAUACAUCGCAUGUUUGAACAUGAAGAGCAUAACCAAGAGCAGACUACACCACCAACACAAACUUUUAGAGUUGAAUCUACACAACCCAAUAAUGGUCUAUUUUUGAUGGGACCUAAUGGAGUUUUAGUACCAGUUACAGAUGCUAAUGCUUAUGAAUUGUUUGCAGCCGCUGGUAAUGCUGCCGCUGCUACAACGUCUACCACCACAACAAGGCGUACCACAACUACACGUCGUCCUUACCAUUCUGGUCAUAAUAGUAUUUAUAUUUUAGGACCUAAAGGUUCUUUGAUACCAAUAGAUGCUUUAGGUUUUAAAAAGCCAUUUAUGCAUGGUCACGGCCAUGGACACGGUCAUGGUCAUGGCCAUCCCCAAUAUGUUAUGUACAAUCCUCGUCCUGGUCAUUAUCAUGAUCAUAAUCACAAUCAUACCAGCAAUAAUAAUGGCAAUUAUCAUUAUCAUGGUAAACCUAGCAGCAGUUAUAACAAAUGGUUAAGAGGCAUUUUCAUGGGAGAAGAUUAUUCGGAUAUGGAAGAUGAUAAUUUCGAAAAUGACGAUAUGGUCCCAGUUGCCGUACCAGCUGCUGAAAUAUUUCAAGCCGAAGUAUUGGAGGAAGUAACGGAAUAAAAGUUAAUGUAA